AUGGCACCCCAAACCAGCGCCGUCAACAGCGACAACCUCUUCAUCCCACUCGUAGACUUCUCCCUCUUCCUGAACGGCACGCCCUCCCAACGCCUCAGCACCGCGCAAUCCAUACUCCACGGUUUCCAAACAGCCGGCUUCGUCUACCUAACCUCCCACAGCAUCCCUCUCCCGGCAAUCAGUCGCACCUUCUCCACCUCCGCGACCUUCUUCUCGCGGCCGCAGUCCGAGAAAGAUGCCCUGCGCUGGACCACCCCCCAGUCGAACCGCGGCUACGUUGCCCACGGCCGCGAAAAGGUCUCCACGCUCACCGACAAGGACGACGUAGCUGCGUCCCGCGCUCAGGCGCCCGAUCUGAAGGAGAGCAUUGAGAUCGGGCGCGAAGGCGCGGAUGGGACGCCGAACAAUUGGCCCCCGUAUGAGGGGGCUGGGAAGGAGUUUAAAGAUGUGAUGCUGGGGUUCCAUGAUCUGUGCAAGGAGUUACAUAUCGAAGUGAUGCGUGCCAUUGCUGUGGGUAUGGGGCUCCCGGAAGCCUAUUUCGAUGGGUAUACGGAUGCGGGAGACAACACACUGCGGCUGCUGCAUUAUCCUGAGGUGAAGAAGGAUGUGUUUACGAAGAAUAAGCUGCAGGUGAGGGCCGGGGAGCAUACGGAUUAUGGGAGUAUUACGUUGUUGUUCCAGGAUGAUAGAGGCGGGUUGCAGGUCAAGAGCCCUAAUGGAACGUUUGUGGACGCGACGCCGAUUCCGGGGGCCGUGGUGGUUAACGCGGGGGAUUUGUUGGCGAGGUGGAGUAAUGACACUAUUAAGAGUACGCUGCAUAGGGUGGUUGAACCACCUGCGCCGGAGGAAGGAGAUGUGCAUCCAGCGAGGUAUAGUUGUGCGUAUUUUUGUAAUCCAAAUUUCGAUAGGCACAUUGAGGCGAUCAAGGGAACAUAUGAAGGCGAAAAGGGGGGCAAGAAGUAUGAGGGAAUUAACUCGGGGGAUUAUUUGGUGCAGAGGCUGGCUGCUACUUACUGA